CAAACUUUAAGGUGAACAAAUUAUUUCAUUAAAGUUUGGUGGAACACAGUGAUUUAGCCAAAAUAAAAAGUGUAUCUUUUAUCAACCACAUCUUUCAGUUAAGGUUGAGCCCUAAAUUUUCUCUUCCGUUAUUUCCUGGGAAAAAUGGCAAACGCAGCAUCAGGGAUGGCUGUGCAUGACGAUUGCAAGCUGAAAUUUUUAGAAUUGAAGGCAAAAAGGACUUACCGCUUCAUAGUGUUCAAGAUUGAGGAGAAGCAGAAGCAAGUUAUUGUGGAGAAGCUUGGUGAACCCACUGAUAGUUAUGAAAAAUUUACUGCCAGCCUUCCAGCUGAUGAGUGUCGAUAUGCUAUCUAUGACUUUGAUUUUGUCACAGAAGAAAACUGCCAGAAGAGCAAGAUUAUAUUCAUUGCAUGGUCCCCUGACACAUCAAAAGUGAGAAGCAAGAUGAUUUAUGCAAGCUCCAAGGACAGUUUCAAGCGAGAAUUGGAUGGUAUUCAAGUAGAGUUGCAGGCUACUGAUCCUACUGAGAUGGGUCUUGAUGUCAUUAGAAGCCGUUCUAAUUGAAUGUAGAUUGAUUGUGUCAAUUUGUGGUGCAAUGGGAAACAUCAUUAUUAUACGGUUCACUAAUUUAAUGUUUAUAUCUUUGGAGAGUUUAAUAUUGGGUUGUUGAUGGAGUUAUAAUUUUCAAGUCUUUUUUUCAUUUGCUAAAUCUGUGGAUUAAUGGGAUGGGCAUCCCCACUGGUAUGAUAUUUACAGGCUAGUAUACAUUGGUUUGUGGGGGUACA